AUGCCUGGUCUCGUCCAAAGUGGCCGCUCCUCGCCGAAUAUGCACAACAUCGCCAGCGAGGGGCCAGCUCUGUCACCCGCCGACAAGAAAAGGAACAGAUUAGGAUACCAACGAACUGCGGUCGCAUGCGGCCACUGUCGGCGGCGCAAGAUCCGCUGCGUGCCUGCUUUCAACGACACGAGCGGUCGCUGCCAGAACUGUAGUCGGCUCAAGAAAGAUUGUCAGUUCUUCCCUGUCGACUUACCGGGUUCGGCGCCCCCGAAGCGUGUGCGCAAGCCGACAAACACCUCUGAAGCCUUCAACAACGAGGGAGACGCCUCGGUCGCCUCAUCCUCUCCAGGUGGCAUCCUCAGGAGCACCUCGGUGGAACACUUGAACGAUGUAGAUGAUCCCUUGGACACUCACCUGUCGAGGGAAAGUCCCGGGCUCCACGGGUUCGACCCUUCUCUACCAAUGUCUCUUCAGGGAUCCAACUUUCCAAACUCUUACGAUUCUAGCCACCAACAACACCACCAGCGCCAACAGAUGCUCAUUCAAUCUUCAUACUCGCCUCGACCCUACGCCCAAGACCCUAUGAAUCCUCAAUUCUAUCAGCAGCAGCAGUAUGGGCAUUCUUUGCCGUCGCAAUAUUCUUCAGCAUUCAACCCCGGGCAUUUGCCUUCGCCCAUGGGGACCAUCGCGCAUGAACCAACCUACGAAUAUCAGACACCAGUGUCAAAUCCUCCCUACGACUGGGGUCAGCCGACGCGGUCUCUGUCGUCUGACACAGGCGAAGAGUUGUCAUCCGGCUUCGCAACGCCUUAUCGAACCAACACAUUCCCUUUCUUCGAGAAAAGAAUGACGAACCAAACACUGCAGUUUGCCCCAUCGAGCUCGAGUUUGGCGCAUCCUGGCAUGGAGGGUCAGUCGAAUGCGACGCUCGGUGAUUUUCGCGAAGACAACCCCUACCAGCCCAUGCAAAUGAGAGUACAACAGGAGUGGGGAGGAGGCGGUCCCGACCCAGCGCGACAGAACUCUGCGCCUGGCGUUGGCAUGUAUCCUCAGGCCUGGUAUCCGCCGCAUCCGAACAUGGAAGGAAUGAGACAGGAUGAAGGCCAGCCUCAAAUCCUGCCAUCGCAGAACCACAACGCAAGAGGAAGUCAGCAUAAGCCCUCUGGCUGA